AGAACGUCGAGUCGACUUUUUUCUUCAACAACUGUUCAUACCUACCCAUAUUUCAUUCCAUCCCAGAACAACGAUCUGACAAGUUGCAAAGUGUGAAGAUGGCAAACUUAGCCCCAGAACCGGAAUUUCAACAGGCAGUUAAUGAGAUUACUGUAACUCUUGAACCUUUCUUGGCUAAACAUCCCGAAUAUAGGAAAGCACUUGAAGUGGUUCAAAUCCCAGAAAGGAUCUUACAAUUUAGAGUCACUUGGGAAAAAGAUGAUGGGAGUUUAGCUGUUAAUAGAGGUUAUCGUGUUCAAUUUAACUCGGCUUUAGGACCUUAUAAAGGUGGUUUGAGAUUACAUCCCACUGUUAAUUUAUCAAUUCUUAAAUUCUUGGGAUUCGAACAAAUCUUCAAGAAUGCUUUAACUGGACUUAUGAUGGGUGGAGGUAAAGGUGGUUCAGAUUUCGAUCCUAAAGGUAAAACGGAUAAUGAGAUCCGAAAGUUUUGUUAUGCUUUCAUGCAGGAAUUAUCCCGGCAUAUUGGCGCCGACACGGACGUUCCCGCUGGUGAUAUCGGGACAGGUGGAAGAGAGAUCGGAUUCAUGUUUGGUGCAUACAAGAAAUACAGGAAUGAGUUUGUUGGUGUUUUGACUGGAAAAGGUGCCAAUUGGGGCGGAUCGUUCAUUCGACCUGAGGCCACUGGCUACGGUCUUGUCUACUAUGUCACUGAAAUGCUUCGUGAUCUUGAUUCUACCGAUUGGAAAAACAAACGUGUUCUAAUCUCCGGUGCGGGCAACGUGGCUCAAUACGCAGCUCUCAAAGUCAUUCAAUUAGGAGGUAUAGUUCUAUCACUGUCCGAUUCCACAGGAACUUUAUUAGCUUCGGACCCUCAAGGAUUCUUCGCAGCCGAUAUUGCCGAUAUCGCUCAAAUCAAAUUAGAACGUAAAAGUUUGACCGCUUUUUCAGGUGCUGGGAAAUAUACUUGGCACGAAGGGAAGAGACCUUGGACUUUGGUUAAAGAAGCCGAUGUGGCUUUACCUUCUGCUACUCAGAAUGAAGUUAGUGGUGAAGAAGCUAAAGCUUUGUUGAAAGCCGGUGUUAGGUAUAUCGCUGAAGGGUCUAAUAUGGGCUGCACUCAAGAAGCCAUCGACGUAUUCGAAGAUUCUCGAAAGUCGAUCACUUCGCUACAGGAAACCAAGGGGAUCUGUUAUUACGCCCCAGGAAAGGCUGCUAAUUGUGGCGGGGUAGCCGUGUCGGGUCUCGAGAUGGCUCAGAAUUCUCAGAGGCUCAAAUGGACUCCUGAAGAAGUCGACGCAAAGUUGAAAGAAAUCAUGAUCAAUUGCUACAAUACAUGUCGUCACACGGCCAUCGAAUACGCAGAAGGAGGUGUUGUCCCUUCUCUCGUCGCUGGAGCAAACAUCGCCGGUUUUGUCAAAGUUGCCAAUGCCAUGAAAGACCAAGGAGAUUGGUGGUGAGCGUGUCAAGGUUGGGUCAAAUGGGGUUAUACUUGGUAGAUGAAUGAUCAGUUGAAUCUCUUGAUUCUGGACAAGGUAGAAAAUAUGAAUUUUGGUUAAAGUCUC